UGUCACACUAGGUGUAUAAUUUUUAUGCUGAUAUUGGCUAUUAAUUCUUCUGUGAAAUACAUGGAAGGUGUUGGGAGCUACACGUAUAUAUAAACUGAAGAGUAAGAAUAGAUUCACUGUGCUGUAGAAGUUUGUUAAUCUGCGGUCUUUAGAUUUCCAUACACAAGGUUAAGAAAGGAUCAUCCCUGAAAACUACACAGUAUGAUAGAAAGCAGCAGACCUUUCAUAUGGAUUAGGUUUGGGGAUAAUAAGAAGGCGUUGGUAAAUAUGUGGUGUUCUUUCGAAAUAUUAAUUAAUCAUAUCAUCACUGUUUGCGAAAUAGAUCCUGAAAUGACAUUCGAUUUGUGUGAUACAUCGGGAAGAUUGCUAGGCCUUACUGAUGCACAAAUAUACCAGCAAUCCAUUCAAAACUUAGAAGGUGGUGCUGUUUACAUCCUUGUAGCCAUUGAAGACAAAGCGGAUCAGCAAGUUAAUAUACGUCCACUUCUCGAGAAUAUUGAGCAACAUUACCCAAACUUAACAGAGCUAAUACUGCAGAAUUUACACGACAAGACGGAUAGAUUUUCUAAGAAGAAGCAUGCCAAAAAGUUGCCGAUUACAGCAAAACCAGCAACAAGCAGAAAAACAAAGAAAUAAAACAUUGUUAAAAUAAAGAUUCCUGA